AUGGAGCCAAUCUACUCGCGCGAUGAGUGCAUCGCCGCCAUCUGCGACUUCUAUGACUUCUUGGGAAAGAUGUUCAUGGAUGUACCCGCGUCCAUCAUCUACCCACCUCCCGGCGGUUGGCCCAAUAUGACUCCCGAAGUCGCGGAUCGUCUAGGCAAGGAUCCAGAAGUCAUCAAUCUGCUACGCCAUCUGCCAUUUCCUGAUGACCAGCCUUACACAGCACGGCCGCACUGUUUGCCAGGCACCCGGUUCCACGCCUGGACGAAGGCAGUGGACGAGCUGAAGGAGCAGGAGGACGCAGAGAGAGAAGAUCUACUAAUCGAGACGGAGAGCCAUGAAGACCAGUUCGGCGGCAUAAUUCCCAAAUACUGCGUCGGUCUUACGUACGCUCUCAACAUCAGCGAAUAUGUGAUGCUGUUGGACGUCAGAACUGGGCUGGUAUAUUGGAUGGACUGCCCGGAGGAGAUUAUCAAGGCGUGCGAUCCUCAGCCAUCACGUCUGAUGUAUCCUUUGGAGGGGGAAGUAAAGGAGGAACAAGACAGAAGCGUCGUUGUUGUACAGGAGGAAGAGGAUGAUGUCGAAGCUUCAGACGACACCAGCGAGAACGAAACGCCUCCGACAUCCGACGACGGUAGUAACGACGAGAACGAUGGGCCUGUUGAUUUCGAGGACGACGAUGACGAUGAUGAUGAUGAUGACGAUGACUCGAUGGACGUGGAGUGGGGACCCUGCUGGCCGGUCCGCCACUUCUUCGCCAUGUUGAAGAACCACUAUAUCAAGCUGAACUUCAUCCCACAUAGCAGUAAUCGCGUCGUUCAAAUCUGGACAAAGCGAUACACUGACCGCGACCGAAUUCCUGAAGGGUUUGCAGAGUUUUUACAGUCCAUAUAUCACAAACAUGGAUGGCCUAAUCUGGAAGUCUAUCAGAAAGAAGCAUGCAUGGCAGAGCUCAAGAAAGCAACAGGAACAGAAGGUACCAAAUAUUACUACCUGGAACAGUACUUCCAAAAUCGCGAAUACUAG